UCUCUCAACACGUGAAGCACAGAGAGUUAGACAUGUUUGAAGCUUCAGUAUCAGCAUUAUUAUUAUUGGUGGCCACUGCAGCAGUAAUAACAGUGAUAAGAUGGGGAUGGAAGAUGGUGGAGAGGGUGUGGCUGAACCCUAAGAGGCUGGAAAGGGAACUCAGAAAACAAAACCUUAAAGCCAAUCCUUAUAGAUUAUGGUUUGGAGAUUUGAAGGAAAUGGUUCAGAUGCAAGAAAAAGUUACAUCCAUAUCCAUGUCUUCUCAUUCCCACGAUCUACCUCCCUAUGUCGUCCCUUUUGUCCACCACUUGGUCAACAAAUAUGGUAAGAAUUCAUUUAUGUGGUUUGGAACGACACCAAGGGUGAUUCUGAUGGACCCAGAGCAAGUGAAGGAGGCGUUUAACAGGAACUAUGACUUCCCCAGGCCUGAAGCAAUUCUUAUUGUUAAGUAUAUGGCCACUGGUGUUGCAAACUAUGAAGACGAAAAGUGGGCUAAACAUAGAAAGAUCAUCAAUCCUGCAUUCCAUUCUGAACAAUUGAAGGCUCUGAUGCCAAGCUUUUCCCAAAGCUGCAAUGAGAUGAUAAGGAAAUGGGAAGAUAUGUUGUCUUCUUCUUCAGAUGGAACAUGUGAAAUGGAUGUACGGCCCUGGCUUAAGAAUUUCACAGAGGAUGCUAUUUCUCGUACAGCUUUUGGAAGCAACUAUGAAGAAGGCAGAAAAAUUUUCCAACUUCUCUCGGAGCUAGGCGAUCUUAUAAUGAAGAAUGUAAUCAGAUAUCACAACUCACUGUGGAGUGUAGUAUACGCUAAGGAGAAAAGGAGGAUGAAGGAAAUUAAUAGAAUGUUGGAAGCUUCUCUGAUGCGUAUAAUUGAGAAGAAGGAGAAAGCUAUGAAGUUAGCUGAAGCCGCCAAUAAGAGUGACUUACUUGGCAUAAUUCUAGAAUCCAAUCACAAGGAUAUUAAAGAACGAGGGAACAAGAACAACAACGUUGGGUUGAGUAUGAAAGAUGUGAUCGAGGAAUGCAAGUUGUUCUAUUUUGCAGGCCAAGAAACCUCUUCGUCCAUGCUUGCUUGGACGAUGAUGCUGUUGGCUAAGUACCCUGAUUGGCAAGUACGUGCAAGGGAAGAAGUCCUACGAGUCUUUGGCAACCAAACUCCAGAUCAUGAUGGGUUAAGUCGCCUCAAGAUUUUGACCAUGAUCUUGUACGAGGUUUUGAGGUUAUACCCGCCGGCAGGAUGGUUGACACGGUGUCCUAAAAGGGACAUGAAACUUGGGAAUUUGUUAGUACCAGCUGGGGUGCAAGUUCUGCUACCAAUUCUUAUGCUUCACCAUGACAAAGGAAUUUGGGGUGAUGACGCUGGUGAGUUCAAACCAGAGAGAUUUUCCGAAGGAAUUUCAAAGGCAGGGAAAGGUGCUUCCUCCGCUGCAUUUUUCCCGUUUGGAUGGGGUCCUCGGAUUUGCAUUGGAUUAAACUUUGCCUUAUUAGAGGCUAAGAUGGUCUUAUCACUCAUACUCCAGCGCUUCUGCUUUGAGCUCUCCCCAACAUAUUCUCAUGCCCCUCACUACAAUCUCACCAUUCAGCCACGACAUGGGGUUCAUAUUAUUCUGCAUAAACUAUAGGAUUUUAUAUUUCAUAUUGUGGUGCGUAGUUUAUUAGGAAAGUUUUAUUAGUUACAUAUAAAUGAACGACGGAAGUGUCAUCUAUGUACAUUGUUAUAUAUGUCAACAGAAAUUUAAGAUAUACCACUGUGUUUUUAUA